ACCGCAUCGCUGUUCACAUUGUCUAUCUGCCCUUGCCUAUAUUCCUUCCUUUUUGGGAUAAGGUUAGUGGACCUCGGUGGAGUGGCGACGCCCUGCCAAAGCGUCCAAUGAGAACAAGUGCCACCCUUGCCGCCCGAGAGUGAUAGUAAGGCGAAAGCAGAAGAGGCUGAUGGUUCGACGAGAAUCAAGCCAGAUGAAACAGAUUUAAGCUCCUGCUAAGCAACCCGCCGGGGCCGCAGCGGCGCCUUGCGCUGGUGGUCGCGGGGAGGGGGCUGUGCGAGGCGGUGCACAAGCAUCUCUGGUUUCGUGAGACGAUCAACGCACCAGAUGGACGAGGGAUAACCAAGCGCUUAAACAUGUAUUUAAAGGCAAUGUCUACUUGGUGUGAGAUGUUUUGGAUUGCGUUUAUGUCCUUCUUUUAAGCCAGAGGUUUCCUAUCUUCCUUGUCGUUCAUUCUCUUUCUUGUCCGGAAAGCAUUAUACCUACUUAUUCGCCAUGAUCCGACUCAGCGGUUACGCCUUGACGCUUUUUAUCUCGACUGCCUUCGGCACUUUCGGGACCUACGGAACAGAUAUCUCAGCUGGCCUGGAUAUUGACGGUUCAUUCGACGUCCAGGGCUGGGAUGUGCUUCCGAAAUGUUGGUCGAACUGCAUCAGCAGCCAGAAAGCAAGCUGCGACUUCUGGGAUAUCUCUUGCCUGUGCCAAGCUAGCAAUGGGGACUUCCUUACCAAUGUCGUCAACUGCGCUCGAAAGAACUGCGACAGCCAUUUCGACGCCUCUCUUUUGAUCUCGCCUCUCGAGACCGCAUGCGCAAUCAUGGGCCAACCUAUCUCUGGGACUUGCAUCAGCAGCGCAUCGGCGGCGGCAACGGCAACCCUUGAAAUCGGUGCUUCCAUCGGCGCCUCCGCUGGUGCCUCUAUUGGUGCGUCCGCGGGUUUCUCUGCCGGCUUCUCUGCUGGCGGCUCUGGCGGCGCCUCCAUCACACAGACGGCCACGGCUGUCACCACCUAUGUCACUAGCAUGACAAGGACGACGACCGAUGCGGACGGUACAACCAUCUUUGUCAUCGAGACGGCUACAGUCUGUCCUGGAUCGACGACCAUAUUCGGCUCGGCCCUAUCCACAAUCGCUGCAUCGACGGGUGCGGGUGCGGGUGGCACGGCGGGUUGGAGCACCACAGUGAUGACCAGUGCCGCAGAAACGUCGGUUGCUUCCGUCGCCGAGACUACGACGGCCCAGGUUGCGAGCACGACGGCUGUAGUCGAAAGUACGGCGGCCGCUCCCCCGCCGGAGGAGACCACUGCACCUGUGGCAUCAUCGGACACAGGAUCUAGCGCAGGAACCAGUGUGACUGGAACUGGCACUGCAAGCCAAUCUCAGACCUCCGCUGCGCACAGCAGCCCAACCGCGACUCCGUUUGAAGGCUCGGCGGCCGUGUGGGGUAGUCGGUGGUACCUUGCUCUUUCUGGUAUACUUCUUGGGUUCCUCUGAGCGGGCGACUCGUAGAUGUCAAGUUCUUUUGAUGAUACCUCUGAAGAAUGACAG